GCUGAACACUUUCUGGUUAAUGCCUAGCAUUUAAGAACACCUUGAACAUUACGGAUAACAUUUCCUUUAGUUGAAGACUUAUUAAAAACUUGUUAAGGCUAAAGUUAGGAAACACCACCUUUUUUUAACGUAAUUUAUUUUUGAUCUAGUUCAGAAGUGAAAACGCAACGCUUGGGGUUUGGUAAUGCAAAGCUUAAACACCACCGUUUCCCUUGUGUUUUCUUUAACAUUGUUUUAAAUCUUCUCCAGGAAAACGCCACCAGAGUGGCAGCACGAACAAGACCUGGAAUUCGUUGUUAACGCUUCAUUUCCACGAUCAAUCAUGAUACAAUGAUAUAUACAGUUCAGUGGGUUUUGUUGACACACGUACAAUCUUGGAAUUCGUUUUAAACACAAAGAAGAAGAAAUAGAAACUACAAAAAGAAACAUUCAUAAAAUCAUCUUGAAGAAAACGCUCCCGAUAAAGAUGCAAAGUAGACCUUUAGCGUCGAUUCAUGAUCAGAAGACUUGAUGUAACCUGAUCAUUAUACGGUGUUGGUUGCUUUCUGGUGAAAUAAUUCAGUCGUGGGCAGUUAUACGUCUUGGAGUAAAAAAAGAGGUGUUUUUCAUCAGCAAGUCAACUCUUCCAAAUAAAAAAAGGCUAUUUACAGAUUGUUUGGAUGAAAAUAGUAUACCUCCCUGCAGGUCUAUCAGUCGAGCGUGAAGCAAUGCAAAGAGCAAAGUUCUUGUCUUGUCUUCUUUUGAUAUUGGCGAACAUUGAUUUGGUACAUGGCAAAUGGUUUUGUACUAAAAAUCUGUGUGAAAAUGGUGGUACUUGUAAGCCAGGAUUACUAUAUGAUGUUUGCAAGUGUACUCCAAGUUGGAAGGGAAGGCGAUGCGAGAUCAAAGUGCUGCCUUGUAAAUUGGCUCCUUGCAAAAAUGGUGGUAAAUGUGAAGAUGUUGAUGACAAAACAUUCAAGUGCACAUGUGGUGAUGAUUUUUUUGGUGACACCUGCGAGGAAAAAAAGAAAUGUAAUGCACCACUUGAUAUUUUGUUCGUCGUUGAUACUUCAAGCUGGCAAUAUUGGCAUAACUUCAAGUUGAUAAAGGAGUUCAUUUUGAAGGUGAUUGAAUGGAUGGAAAUAUCAAAAAGCGCUGUUCAAGUUGGCAUGCUUCCUUUUACGUACGAGAAGUACACAAAUGUCCUAUUUUAUCCACAUACAUAUGGGGACUUCCCUCAUUUGAAAGACGGUAUAAUCAAGAAACUUCAGAAGAGCCCGCCUCGUGCUUUCAUUGGUCACGAGGGUCAUCUUACCCGUGCUUUGCAGAUAGCCAAUCGAAAGGUUUUCCCAACAAGUUCUGGGCGACCGAAAGCGGUCGUCAUACUGUCGGCUCAGAAACCUUUGGACAACAUUCAGGAAUUUUACGAUGCAUGGCAAAAACUGGAAAAGAAAGAUGUAAAUGUGGUCACCGUACAACUUCUACCUUCUCCCUCGCAACUUCUUGUGCCUCAACGUAUUGAAAUCUUCGAGGACAUCGCGAAAAAAGGAAAAUUAAUAAAGUCGAAAUUCCCUGACUUGAAUAACCAUGUCCUUCAGCUCGUCCACAUACUCUGUAAAAACAUAAAUCCUACCGACAAGUGUUAAUGAAUCAUGUGAUGGACUCAUUCAGGUGUUAGGAAACACCGUUUUUGAUAUAAAGAUGCUGGAGAUAGGUAAUUGUAGUUUUUACAUAGUUAUUCUUGGUAUAAUGUCUUCAGAUUAAAUUCUUUCUCAUAAUUACAA